AUGGCUUUCUUUUUUAAUCGCGGCCGGUCACGGCAACCGGCUGAUGUUGCUCGCUCCACCAAGGAACUGCUUCUUAGGGUCCAGGAGACUCCCAACUUGCCCAAGGUUUGGCCCCCGAUGCCAUCCGCCUAUACAAUGCUGACGCAGUCCCAAGGCCGAAGAAGAGCUCGCCAAACAACUCAGCCAGAUGAAAGUCAUAAGGUCAACACGUCACCGGACCAAGUUCACGCCCUUGUUCAAGCAACGCUCCAAGAAGACCUUCUCUACGACCUAUCACGAACAAUCCACUUGCUUCCAUUUGAAGCGAGGAAAGAUACACAGACAAUUUUCUCCCAUAUCCUCCGUUUCCGACCUAGCAACUACGCACCGGACAAAGACCCUCCUGUCAUCUCGUACAUUGUCCACCACCGACCAGAGAUCCUUGUUGAAUUAUGUCGUGGGUACUCGGAGAGUCAGAGUGCCAUGCCCUGUGGUGUGAUCUUAAGAGAAGCGCUCAAGUUCGAUGUGGUUGCUGCAGUGGUUUUGUAUGAUCAGUCCAAAGAAGGAGAGCCUGCCGUACGGCUCUCCGAUUUGAAGCCCAACUUACCUCAAAAAGGCGAUGGAGUGUUUUGGCAUUUCUUCAACUGGAUCGACAAGAGCAAUUUCGAAGUGAGCGCAGAUGCGUUUACAACGUUCAGGGAGAUUUUGACCCGCCAUAAAAACCUAGUUACCGCAUAUUUGGCUACCAAUUAUGACCUUUUCUUUGGUCAGUUCAACGACAUUCUCGUCCAGUCUGACUCAUAUGUGACGAAGCGACAAAGCAUCAAGCUCCUGGGCGAAAUUCUGUUGGACCGUGCGAAUUACAAUGUGAUGAUGGCAUAUGUGGAGAGUGGGGAGAAUCUUAAGCUGUGUAUGAAGCUCCUGCGGGACGAUCGCAAGAUGGUUCAGUAUGAGGGGUUCCACGUUUUUAAGGUAUUUGUGGCCAACCCGAACAAAUCAGUGGCCGUGCAACGGAUCUUGAUCAACAACCGCGACCGAUUACUGCGGUUCCUUCCUAAAUUUCUAGAGGAUCGCACCGAGGACGAUCAAUUCACCGAUGAGAAGAGUUUCCUUGUGCGACAGAUUGAACUAUUACCCAAGGAGCCCGUUGAGCGAAGCAGACCUAGAGAGACUCAGGGAGUUAAUACCGCUGUGGCUUGA